GGGGCUGCUGAGCGGCGGUCGGGGCGCCCGGGCCGGGCCCCCGCGGCGGAGCGAGAAUGAUGAAGUCCUCUGUCCAUCCAGAAGAAGAUGACUUUGUGCCAGAGCUGCAGAGGAGCAUCCACCCCCGGGAGAGGCCGGACUGGGAGGAGACGCUCAGCGCGAUGGCCAGAGGAGCUGACAUCCCCGAGAUCCCGGGGGAGCUGCCGCUGCGCUCCUGCGGCAGCACCGCCAGCAUGAAGGUGAAGAAUGUCAAAAAAUACAUCCCCCCGGGACUGAUGGGCUGUGAUGCCUUUCACAGGUUAUCCUUCACCAAGGGGCACUUCCCGAAGAUGGCCGAGUGUGCACAUUUCCACUACGAGAACGUGGAUUUUGGCAACAUACAGCUCUCGCUCCCGGAGGAACAGAACGAAGUGACCAGGAAUGGCUGUGACUCCAAGGAACUGGUCUACCUGGUGCAGAUCUGCUGUCAGGGGAGGAGCUGGAUUGUGAAGAGGAGUUAUGAGGAUUUCAGGGUGCUGGACAAACACCUCCACCUGUGCAUCUACGACCGGCGCUUCUCCCAGCUGGCAGAGCUGCCCCGCUCCGAUGCCCUGAGGGACAGCCCCGAGCUGGUCACCCAGAUGCUCAUGGCUUACCUGGCCCGGCUCUCAGCCAUCGCAGGCAACAAGAUCAACUGUGGGCCUGCCCUCACGUGGAUGGAGAUUGAUAACAAGGGGAACCACCUGCUAGUCCACGAGGAAUCGUCCAUUAACGUUCCUGCUAUUGCUGCUGCCCAUGUUAUUAAGAGAUAUAUUGCUCAAGCAGCAGAUGAACUGUCCUUUGAGGUGGGAGACAUCGUGUCUGUCAUUGAUAUGCCACCAAAGGAGCUGACCUCGUGGUGGAGAGGAAAACAUGGAUUUCAGGUUGGAUUUUUCCCCAGUGAGUGUGUUGAACUCAUUAACGACAAAGUUCCUCAGUCCGUGACCAACUCGGUGCCCAAACCAGUGUCCAAAAAGCACGGGAAGCUCAUCACCUUCCUCCGGACAUUCAUGAAGUCGCGCCCAACGAAACAGAAACUGAAACAGAGGGGGAUCCUCAAGGAAAGGGUGUUUGGCUGUGACCUGGGAGAGCACCUGCUCAACUCUGGCCACGAUGUCCCCCAGGUGCUCAAGAGCUGCACGGAGUUCAUUGAGAAGCACGGCAUCGUGGAUGGGAUCUACCGGCUCUCCGGGAUCGCCUCCAACAUCCAGAAACUCCGCCACGAGUUUGACUCGGAGCAGAUUCCCGACCUGACCAAGGACAUUUACAUCCAGGACAUCCACUGUGUGGGCUCCCUGUGCAAGCUGUACUUCCGAGAGCUCCCCAACCCCCUGCUCACCUACCAGCUCUACGAGAAGUUCUCAGAUGCUGUGUCUGCUGCUACGGACGAGGAGAGGCUGGUGAAGAUCCACGAUGUGAUCCAGCAGCUGCCCCCUCCCCACUACAGGACACUGGAGUUCCUAAUGAGGCACUUGGCUCGUCUGGCUGAUUACUGCUCCAUCACAAACAUGCACACCAAGAACCUGGCCAUUGUCUGGGCUCCCAACCUCCUCAGGUCCAAGCAGAUCGAGUCAGCCUGUUUCAGUGGCACUGCUGCCUUCAUGGAGGUGCGGAUCCAGUCGGUGGUGGUGGAGUUCAUCCUGAACCACGUGGAUGUUCUGUUCAGCUCCAAGCUCAGCUCGGUCAUCCGGGACGGAGCAGGGCACAGCUCUUUGUCCCGACCCAAGUCUCUGCUGGUGUCCUCUCCCUCCACGAAGCUGCUCACGCUGGAGGAGGCACAGGCUCGGACCCAGGCCCAGAUCAACUCUCCCAUCAUGGCAGACAGCAAGUACAUAGAAGUGGGAGAGGGCCCAGCAGCUUUGCAAGGCAAAUUCCACACAGUCAUAGACUUCCCAUCCGAAAGAAAAAGGCCUCCCAGCAAGAUGAAGAAGUCUCCAGUGGGCAGCUGGAGAUCCUUCUUCAACCUGGGCAAAUCCUCCUCUGUGUCCAAGCGCAAACUGCAGCGCAACCCCAGCGAGCCCUCGGAGAUGAAAGCCAUAGCCCUGGCAGGUGGACGAGGAGACAGCGGGACCCUGCGCUCGGCUAAAAGCGAGGAGUCUCUCACCUCUCUGCACGCCGUGGAUGGUGAAUCCAAACUGUUCCGGCCCCGGAGGCCCAGGUCCAGCAGCGAUGCCCUCUCUGCUUCCUUCAAUGGGGAGCUCCUGGGGAACAUGAACCGCUGCAACUCCUACGACAACCUUCCCCACGACGACAGCGACGGGGACGAGGGGCUCAUCCACGUCCCUGCCCUCAUCUCCCCCCGCUCCUCCGAGGACGUCGACCUGAGCCCCCCGGACAUCGGAGUCGCCAGCCUGGACUUUGACCCCAUGUCCUUCCAGUGCAGCCCCCCCCAGGCAGAGUCCGAGUGCCUGGACAGCAGCACCUCCCUGCUGGAGUCGGUUGACAUCAAUAGGGACAAGCCAAGCCUGCUAAAGAAGGAUUUAGAAUCAGGCAGCCAGUCCCAGACCCCAGGCAGUGCCACGAGCUCUGAGCCAGUCUCCCCUUUCCAGGAGAAGAUGAGUCCCUUCUUUACGCUGGACCUGAGCCCCACGGAGGAGCAGCCCUGCAAACCACUCACCUUCUCACCCAAGACGGGCCGAAAGCCCAUCAAAUCUCCACCACUGACUGCAGAGCCUACCUGCUUUGCCCUGCCCAGCCGUGGGCCAGAAGCCAUCGGAGCAGUGCCCAUCACAUCCACAUCCAGGAACUCCUCUGCUUCCAGCUGGAGCAAAGGCAUUGGCAUCACUGAGAUCACAAACAGGUCCCCAACACAGAUGUCCUUUCCCCUGAAAAGCAGUGAAACAGGAGCAGGGGAAGGAACCCACCAAGAGCUGCAGCAUUCCCAGCUAGUGGCUGCUGGCAAGCCAGAGCUGCCAGAAGAAGGGGAGAGACCCAUGCCAAGCAGUCAGACUAAGACUGUACCCACUGGACACACACAGCCAGGAGCAGUUGCCCUCGACUCCCCCCAGGAUCCUGUUCCCGUCAGUUCUGUGUCUCUUAUCCCUCCUCCUCCUCCGAAAAACGCAGCGCGCAUGCUGGCCCUAGCGUUAGCCGAGUCCGCACAGCAAGCAUCCGCCCAGUCCCUCAAAAGGCCAGGAGAUGCUCAUGCUGAAAGCACAAAUUAUGGAGAGGCUGAAGCUGGCACAGCUCUAGAAAAGCUCCAUCUCUCUGCUGGUGCUCCAGACAAGCUCCACCUGUACACCGGUCUGCCCGAGAACAGACUCCACUUCCAGACCGGUGCUCCCGUAGAGCAGGAAUUCCAAGGUAGCGGCACAGCCGGGGAGCAGAACCACCCACCCGGUGCACCUGGAGGCCAGGACCCCCCGCCUCUCCACACGGGCAUGCCUGGGGACAUGCCUGGGAGCAGAGAUGCAGAGCAGGAGCAGGCCAGCUUCCAUCCUGGCAAGGCGGGGGACAGUGAACACUUCCCCACGCACGUGGGGGACUGGGAGCACACGGCCCACCACGCCCCAGAGCGGGAGCCACCCGCCCCAGAGCCACCUGUGGACAGACCCCAGCUCCGGGCGUGCGUGUCUGGGGACAAGCUCCACACUCCCACCUGCACGGCCGAGGACAAACUGCCGUCUCCUCCCGUGGCCCCUGCUGGGGACAAGGGCGCCCCGGUGCCGUAUUUAACCACCAUCCCCAGCACAGCCACCGAGCCCUCGCAGGGGGAUGGCACCGUCCCAGCUGUGCCACGCACAGCCACGGCCACCCAGCCCACCCCGGCACAGAGGCAGGACCACCAGGCAGCCACGGGACAAGUGCCAGCAGCCUCCAGCAAAGCUCCGAGCAGCUCUGCUCAGGUAUGGAGCACCACUGCCCCUGAGAAGCCCCCGGAGCCUGCCUUUGUCUCAGAGAGCAAUUCCACCACCCGUGGCUCCUCGUCGGUGCCCGGGGGCCCCCAGAGCCACGUGGAGAAGCCCCGGGAGCCCACGAGGGCCCCCCCGCUGCACCUACGCUCCGAGUCCGUCCCGUCCCACCCCUCCUACGGCUUCGCGCCCCCGGUGCCGCCCGUGAGGACGCUGGAGAGCAAGAUCGCCGCGGCCAUGCACUCCAACAGCGCCGACCCCCUCAGCAACGCCAACUACCACGCCUUCCUGGCCUCCUCCAUGCUGGCCUCCUCCGUGGAGGAGGCGCUGCUGCCGCCGCCGCCACCGCCCCCGCCCAAGCACACCGUGUACGUGCCGCACCCCAAGCCCGAGAGCAUCCCCGAGCCCUCGGGGCCCGACCCCUACCUGCACCCCAAGCCGGCCUCCAUGCACCAGUACAGGCCCGAGAGCGUCCCCCCUCACGUGUACCACGGCAAGGCCGAGCCCCACCAGGCCUACCCGCCCCGCUCGGACACCCCCGGCUCGGCGGGCACCCGCUACAACACCUACGGCACCCAGGGCAAGGCCGGCCCGGCCCUGCACUCCAAGCCCCGCAGCCGGACGGAGUUCGUGUCCUCGGUGAGCCCCACGGGGCUGCGGAGCGCCGGCUACGCCGAGGACGCUCCCCCCUACCCCACCAUCCGCAGGGUGCAGUCCCUGCACGUGCCCACCCCCGCCGCCACCGCCAUCCGCUCCGUGCCCAUCUCCCGCACCGAGGUGCCCCCGGACGACGAGCCCCUGUACUGCCCGCGGCCCCUCUACCAGUACAAGCCAUACCAGCCCCACUCCGACUACCACGUCACGCAGCUCCAGCCUUACUUCGAGAACGGGCGGGUGCACUACCGCUACAGCCCCUACUCCAGCUCCUCCUCCUACUACACCACGGCCGACGGCGGCUUCUACGACCUGGAUCCCUACAGCACCGUGCGGGUGCGGCCCUUCCACCCCCUGCCCGGCCGCGACUUCUCCUCGUACGCGGCGCGGCUGCAGAGCAAGGGGCUGUACCGCUACCCCAGCCUGGCCUCCUACCCCCGAGGGGGGCUCAUCAACCACCUGACGGGGAAGGAGCACAGCUUCGUCAGCAGGGACGUGCCCCCCGCCCCGGACAUCAAGCACAUGUACAUGUCGUGGGACCUGGAGGACAUGGAGAAGUACCGCAUGCAGUCCAUCCGCAGGGAGAGCCGCUCGCGCCAGAAGGUCAAGGGGCCCCUCAUGUCCCAGUACGACAACGUGGCCCCGCUGCUGCAGGAUGAGCUGGGGGGGCUGGACGCCAUCCACCUGCGCAGCAAAUCCGAUCCUGGGAAAACUGGCCUCCUCACGGUGGCCGAGGGCAAGGAGGGGAGGUACCCGGGCAAGGCGGCCACCCCCGAGGGGGACGAGCGGUACUACCUGCAGCACCCGGAGCCCGAGCUGGACAGAGCCCACUACCACGGGGGCUACGGGAACGGGCAGCCCGAGAAACCGUCCCUGCCCCAGAAGCAGAGCAGCGUCCGGAACAGGAAGAUGCACGAGCAGGGCGGCAGCACCAGCGAGCACAGGACGCACUUGCAGCAGGAAGCGAGCCAUAGGCAGCCUGCCGAGCCCAAAAACGGGCCCCCCUACCCCGACUACAGGCCCAAAGGGGGCCCAGAGCCCUCUGAGCCCAUGGGCUACCAGCACUCGGGCAGCAAGUACAUCCCGGCCGGCCAGGACACCCUGAGGCUGAACCACAAGGAGGGGAGGCUGGCAGAGGACAGACCAGACGUGGAGAGGUCCCGAGCCAGACCCCCUGCCCCCAUGGAGAAGCACUCCAGAGACUGCUACAAGGAGGAGGAACACGCUGCCCCUCCCGUGGCCCCGCCGCCCAAACCCGAGCGGAGCCACAGCCUGCGGAUGCAGCACCCCGAGCCCAUGGAGAGGGACUCUGCCCUGCUGUACCCCUACCAGACCCUGGGCAAGCGCCAAAGCACUAUGACUGUGGUGUCCCAGUACGACAACCUGGAGGAUUACCAUACCAUGCCUCAGCACCAAAGAGGGGGCUAUGCUGGAGCGGGGGGGUUCGUGCCCCCCGGGUUCACCCACGUGCACAGCAGGACUUACGCCACGGCGCUGGGGCAGGGAGCCUUCCUGCCCUCCGAGCUGUGCCUGCAGAGGCCCGAGACAGAGGUCCACGUCGAGUGAGCUGGUGGGGGGGAGGAGGGAUAGAGUCUAAGCAGCCUCUGCUGGACAGUGGACUGUUUUAUUUUUUCAGUGAUGGAAAAAACAAACCAAACCCCGACCCUGCCCCGAUGAGAAAGCAAAGCCCCUUCAGCCCCCACCCCCCACUCACUGUUUUUAUGUAGUAGAGCUCUAGCUUUUUCAUGUACUUUUGAGACAACUGGAAGGACAGGGCAGGCUGUUGGCACACAGGUGUUGCCAGAGAGGCCGGGCAGAGCUGAGAGAGGUGCUGUUGGCAGGGAGGGAAGGAGUUUGUCCUUCCCCAGGUGUGACAUUGGCAGUGGCCGCCGCUCCCUCCCCACACGGUGGACUGUGUGUGCAGCUCUUCUCCAGGCUGAGUGCCCUUCCCAUCCCACUGCUGGCUCCCAGGAAAGGGGCUCCAUAACGCUGUUCUGCCCCUCUGAGUUACACAGCAAGAGUGGGCCAACGGCUGGGCAGGGGGAAAGACUGCCCAAGGGUUUUCUCCUUGGUUGGUGCUGAGGUCCUGCCUCUCCCUCGUGUGCAGUGGACCCACUGCAAUUUGAAGUGGGUGGGAGCCUGUUUUGAUUUCAAGGCUGUGGAAUAGGCUCUGAAGCAAGUUCAGAACACAGCACACUCGUUGCAUUGCUUGCUUAAGAAGCUGCUUCUGCCUGCAAGAAAUCCAAUUACUUUACAUUUCUGUGUUGGAAGCAGAGGCCAGCGACGGGAGCCAAGUAGGGCAGGUUUGCAUUUCUCACACCAAAAGAAAGGAAACACGACACUACACCAAACCCUACACAGGCAGCUGGGAACAGCACACCCAUCCCAUGCCAAUUCCUCCUUGCUGCUGGGCUCUCUGUGUCCAGAUGAGCUCAUUCCAUCUCGUGGCUGGGCCAGGCUGUGUCAUCUCACUACAAAACCCAGUAAAAAUAAAUACAGAAAUCUCCAUGGCAUUAUGUCCAGCCAGUAAAUCAGAGCCCACCUUCCCAGCUGUGGGAGUGACGAGUUAUCUGCAUGAGCAGCUGCCCUGGGCCAGAUCCUGCAGCUCUUCCCGCAGGGAAUGUUCCUGCUGACCUUCCCCUGAAGGUCUGCGGGCUCUGUGACCUCUCAGUUCCGUGUUGGCAAAGGGAUUCCUGUGGAAUUGUGGCACACAUGGAGCAGUGACGUGCUGUCUGUGCUGUGUGUUGCCUCCCAUCCCCCAGUGCAGCUCCUCCCAGUGCUCAGUGAGUAGGGACAGAAGGCCAGUGCACUGCAGAACACACUAAUAACAGUGUCCAAGCUGUUUAAAAGCUUUCACAUUGUAAAAGCAUACAGGCAGCACCUCGUGCUUCCUCUCAGACUUCCCAGACUUUCCCCCCUCCCCCAUAAAUUAAGCACAUCCAUCCCAUUUAGGCAGGGCUUACAAGCAAUACUUGAGAUUUAGGAGUUUUUAAAUGUUCACUGAUAAAUUCCAAGGCCAUUCCUGUUCUGUGUGGUUGAAGAACUUCUCUACCUGUUUUGAAUCUCUAAUGUUUUAUUAAAAGCCUGGAGGUCCUGCAGUUAGCACACAGCUGCUAAAAGGGAGCUUAGGUGGUGUUUUUGAACAAAAAAGUUUCAUGGCUAUUUUGGGACUUUUAAAUCCUAAGGAAAACCUGCUUCUAGUAGCUGACUAGUCUGUAACUGUUUGCUUCUUUUAACCUUGGAGCCUUGUCUGGGGCUGUUUCAGUAACUACCUUCAGGUUCUGUUUUAUUGUGCAAUGCUGAUGUUUUAAGCAUUUUGUUUAGAAGAGUUCUCACAUGUUACGAAACGAAAUUUGGCAGAAGGAAAAAAAAAAAAGAAAGAAAAAAAGAAGGAGAAAAAAAGCAG